AUGUUAUCGUUGAAAUCCCAACUUGAAAUAAAAUCACAUCGUGCCGAACUGUCAACUUCCUCAAUAUAUGAGUUGGCACAUUGGGAAAAACUCGCUUUUCACUUAUUGCUGGCAUUAAGCCUAGCGUUAAUUUUCUACGCUGCUAUUGAGCCACAGAUUCGAGGAUGA